AUGAAGAUACCUUUUUGUAUUUUAGUUAUUUUCCUUUUAUAUUGUGAUGUAUUUUCAACGCACAUUAAAGGAGACUUUUCUACGGACGAAUUCUUCAAGUUCUUAGUGAAGUUUGGAUUCCAGAAGACCGAGAUCCACAACCAGAAAGAAACAUAUGGUUAUAUUUUCGGAAACAUAACAUCGAAAGACACUUUUAAAUAUCCGAUCACUUUUGCGGUGUUGGACAGAAAGCAUUUUAUACAUUAUUAUAACAACCGCGACAUCAGCGACAAAGAAACAGCAUGUCAAUAUAUGUUUCAAAAUCUUAACGCUUCAGCCUACCAUCCAAAAUGUAAUGCUUAUGGUCAAGACCUAUUUCGAAGAAUCCCAUGUCCUCAUAAUCAGCUUUGCAUUGAUGAGGAUAUGCCAUGGAAUGUGAUAAAACACAACCAAUUCACAUAUGUUAUACAAAACAGUGGACAGCCAAGGUUUUGGUAUGUGUCAAUGGUUUCAUGUUAUUUAGAUGAAACAACAUGUUCUUGGCAUCACUACUCCGGUGCUCCAUCGGCAGAUAACAAAACACUUACAGAGAUCCCACAAAUUAUCAACUAUGACUUCUGGCUUGUAAAUGGAAGCCCAAACCUAUCUUUCUAUAACACAAUGUUGUAUCAGUUUUCGUUUGAUAGAAAAAAUACACUGGAAUUGUAUCUGGUUUUCUGGUUGUGCUACAUUAUUCUGGUUCCAGUUCAGUUAUAUGCUGUGAGGAUACAAAGGCACCCAGUAACAAAGCUAUUCACUUCUAGUCUCGUUUUAGAGUUCAUUGCGCUCUGCUUUAAUGUCCUCCAUACAAUGAAGUUUGCUGCAGAUGGAGUCGGAUUUACCGGUUUGGAUGUGGCUGGAGAUAUAUUUGACAUUAUGAGCAGGACACUAUUCAUGCUACUUUUGCUCCUGCUUGCCAAAGGCUGGGCUGUGACAAGACUCGAACUGACAUAUAAACCACUGGUCUUUGGAGUGUGGAUGGUUUAUGGAAUUGUCCAUGUAUUACUAUAUGUCUGGAAUACUACGGAAGUGGAUAUAGUUGAGGAAAUCGACGAAUACCAAACGUGGCCUGGCUGGCUCGUUUUGACGCUGCGAGUGGCCAUCAUGACGUGGUUCGUAUUGGAACUGCGCAACACAAUGAUGUACGAACAUAAUAUGCCGAAGCUGAACUUCUUGUUGCACUUUGGCGCUUCGAGUCUGGUGUGGUUCGUUUACUUGCCCAUUAUAGCGCUAAUUGCGCUGCAGAUAAGCCCACUGUGGCGAUUCAAAUUUAUUUUAGGUAUUACAUAUUCAGCAGACUGUUUAGCGUUCUGCAUCAUGGCUCACCUUUUAUGGCCAACGCGAUCUGAACAGUAUUUGCUGUUGGCGCCACCUGAUUAUACUGCUGGCAUCGAAGAGUUGGAUGAAUUUAGUGAAUCCCCGCACGUAGUUCACAGCGAUACCGUGGCGCUGACAGCAGCGGAAAGCAUCAACGCUGAUGAUGAAGAAGUGAUCUUUACGCGGCCUCACAAAAAUGGCAUCGCGUUCUCAUAG